GGAAGGGAGAGGUGAAACUGCGUGGGAGGGACGAGAUCCUGAGCUACAUUCAACCGAAGUUCAGCCGCAUCUCCGUCCGGGGGAAGCGGCGUCCGGACACGUCUGGCUCGUCUGCGCUGGACCGUGAGACCGCGAAUUCGCGGCGGGACAUGGUUGGCUACCGCUUUGAGCUGCUCACUCUGGGGAAGGACUAUCUGGGUCGGUUCGGUGCCGCCCGCCGCAUCGCGACCGGGGAAUCCCCCCGCGUGGACGAAACGCUGCUGAAGGCGAUUCUGAGCCCGAGCCAGCAAGCCGGCGGAACCUGCGAGGUGCCGCGCUUCUGCCCCGGCGCGUUUCCCAGCAAUCCAGAGCAAGAACGCUUGGUAUGCUCCAUCGGGGAAAAUCGGAUCACCUGUGCGCAGGGGCCUCCGGGCACCGGCAAGAGCACCACCAUCUACCACACCGUGCACGCGAUGCAACAGGCGGGACGGGGAGAGAAAAACGGCGCCGCCUUGAUUACCUGCGUCACCAACCAGGCCAUUAAUGCCAUCAUGGAGAAAUUGCACAAAUGCGAAGGUACUUAUUACACAGUAUAGCUACUUUCCAACCUCAACAUCAAUGACACAGUCUUUUUUUCACAGCGACAUGCAAAAAUGACUAAUCAUCUACGUACUUUUCCUUCUUCAAGCAUAGUCCUAGCACCCUUCAUCUCUCCGGGGAAUGAUUGACUCCGCUGCUCGUUCCAACAAGAAUUGCGCGCCGAGAGGGCAGGCGUGAUCUUCAUGCUUUUUAAAGAGGACACUCUUCAUUUUUGUUUCACAGGUCAAGGCGUUCGAUCCCUUGUUCUCGGGAACGCGGAGCGCGUGGGUGUGGACGCGAAACCCUACCUCCUAGAAGAGAAGGUGAAACGAGACUACGCGGUGGUGGCCAGCAGAAAAGUGCGUGAGCAAUUUGAACAGCAGUACGUCCGAGCGAAAGCGGCCCACGAGACUGCCGAGCGCGAGAGGCUGGCAGGGAGCGGCGUGCUGGCGUCCCUGGUGUCCCGCGGGCCGCGUCCGUUCAGUCUUCCCACGCAGACAAAGAAGGUGCUGCUUGCCGACUACAAGAAACUGGAAGACAAGCUCGAAACCGAUCUGCGCGAGUACGAAGCCGAAGAGUACUGCGGAUUUGCGGCUGACCGCGUUGUUGUAUUGACGGGAGAGACGUCGGAAUUGGAGCACAUCCUCCGCCGCGUGGACCGCCUAUACGAUUGGGCGAAAAAGACCGCAGCGAAACGCAUAGUGCUCAGCACGACCUGCUUCCUCUUCACCAUCGCCAGCGGCUACCGCAUGAAGCAGCUGCAGGACGAGUACGACCUCCCCAAGAUUACGCUCGGAAUUUUGGACGAAGCUGGCGCCACGGCCGAAAGCCACACUCCACUCAUCUUGGGUACACUUGAAGAUACUAUUAUUUGAAGAUCUGACUCAUCACGUUCGUUCUGACAGAGUAGCGAUGUGUACUUGCAGCUCGUGCCAUUGUCUUUGUCAGGCGCGUGGUUUUACAGUUUGUUACCAGUAUCUUCGUUCAGUUGUACAGUACCAUUAGACCUGGAAAAAUAAUUCGCCGGAAAAAAAUAAAUCUCAGAAACGGGCGUGGAGAAUUUGCUUUUGCUCGGGGACACGAAGCAGUUGCGUCCGCUCGUGAAAGGCGAUCCGCCCCGCGAGUAUCAGAUCGACCGCAGUUUGAUGGAGCGGUGCGGCGACGCGGGGGCGGACCAGCAAAGUUUGAAGGAGCAGUACCGGAUGCCCCCGGAAAUCUGCGAUUUGGUGUCCGAGUUGUUCUACCAAAAGCAGCUCCGCACCGGGAAGAACAAGCAGCGGCUGCGCGGUACGAAGGACGCGGCGGGUGACCCCCGGCUCCGCUGGGUCGAGGUGUCUGGAGCGGAAGCGAAGGUGGGCACGUCCUUCUGUAACGCGGCCCAGACGGUGGUCGCCGUCCGCGAGGCGGCCCGCAAGCUGAAGGCCUGUGCAAACAGCAGCGUGUACGUGAUCUGCAUGUACAAGCCGCAGGUGCGGUUGGCGCAAGCGGUGUGGCGGAAGGCGGGUCUAGAUGAACUUGCAGGAAACAGGUUGCAAAUCGUGUCGGUGGACGCCUGCCAGGGUUCGGAAGCCGACCACAUCAUCCUGCUCACUUCCCGGUCCAACGCCGAGGGAACCAUCGGGUUUUGCAGCAAUCCGAACCGCUGCAACGUGGCCCUGUCCCGGGCGAAAGAGUCGCUCACCAUCGUCGGCAACAGUAAGUGCAUGGCAAACAGGUCCACCAUGUGGGCCAGCGUCGGGAAAAAGUGCACCAAGGUGGCCGUGUGUCUGCAGCCGGCUGCCGGCGUUGAGGAACUCGUAGCCGACGAGUUGGAGCGCAUGCAGGGCGCCGGCGCGGCUCGCGCGGGUGGGAAGGGAAGGGGCAAGCUCCGUUCGCGUUAG